AUGCUGGCAACCCCGCCGAUCACGAAUGGUGAUCAUGGCCCAAUAUUGGACAAAGACAACAUCAUAAACGUAAGAGAUGGAGAAUCGCUUUACCAGAUAUGCAUCAAACUUCGGCGGCGCUUAUCCGGCGUACCUGGAUUUCGUCCGUAUCUCGAGGAAAUGGAAGAGCGUGAAGCAGAUGGUUUGACAGAUCCGGUGUCUUCUCUGUGGCAGUGUUUCCGGAGCGGUUUACCGCUGCUCACUAUUUACAAUGCUUCCAACCCUGAAGAAGGCGAUCUGACCGUGGAUACGAGUCGGCCAGAGAGAGUCGGCAAAGAAGCAGCAUUCCUGUUCAUCAAAUCAUGCAUGCAACAGAUGAGGGUUCCAGCAGCCGACACCUUUACGGUGACCGAUCUAUAUAGUGACAAUACCACUGGAUUUGUGAAAGUCACAAAACUGGUGAACCGGGUGUUGGACGUGUUGGAACUGGCCGGCCAACUCCAUCCAUCAACGGACAGUGAAGAUUCUCGCGAUGGGACGGACGCCGGAUCCAACACUCCGGAGCAGGCCCCAAAGACAAUGACGCGGCGACAAUAUAUCCUCAGAGAACUCGUGGAGACAGAGAGGCAGUAUGUUCAUCAUCUGCAAAAUUUGCAGGCGUUAAAGAAGGAACUGGAAGAAGUCGGCGCCUUGACCGGGGAUGCCAUUCACAACAUUUUCCUCAACCUGAACAAUCUAUUGGACUUUGCGCAAAGAUUUUUGAUUCGGAUCGAGCAGCAAAAUGAAAUGCCAGAGGACCAGCAGAAUUGGGGUCGACUCUUUGUUCAUUACAGGGAUCCUUUCAGACAAUACGAGCCAUUCAUUGCCAACCAGCGGAGGUGUGAAGCCACUUGCCAGCAAGAAUGGGACAGAAUGGUUGCGACCGCAAGAUCCCCUUUGACGCAACAGAUGCUUGCCAAUCCUACAAUCCUCAACGGAUUUCUCCUCAAACCAUUCCAGAGGCUCACGAAAUAUCCUCUCCUGUUGAAAGACCUGCUUAAUCAAGUAGAAGACCCAACUUUGAAGUCGGAUCUAAGUAGCGCGAUUGCCAUCAUUCAAGAUGUGCUCAUGCAGGCAGAUGCUUCGAUCGACAAGGAAACUCGAGACGAUGCCCUUCAAGAUUUACAAGAGCGGAUAGACGACUGGAAGCAAUUGCAAAUCUCCGCCCUCGGCGAACUUCUGCUCCUUGGGACGUUCAAUGUUGUGAAAGAGGGCGGUCUUCGAUCUGAGGAGAAAGAGUAUCAUAUUUACCUCUUCAGCCGGAUUUUGGUUAUGUGCAAGGACGUCAACGCCAACAAGCCGAAGAACAGGCUGGCCAACAACAAGCCGGCACUCAGUCUACGCGGCAAGCCCAAGAUGAACUUGAAAGGCCGGAUCUAUUUUGCGAAUGUCACUCAAGUUAUCCCUUCGACAAGUCCCGGGAACUACUCCUUGCAGAUUUCUUGGAGAGGCGAGUCAGGGAUUGAGACAUUCAACAUCAAAUUCAAAAAUGACGACACACUGCAAAAGUGGCACAACUUGAUCGAGACUCAACGGUCCGCAUGCAUGCUGGAAUCAUCCAAGGCAAAAGGAAUUUCAGAAACCCAUCUUCUGUCCUUGCAAGGAGCGAACCUAGAAAACCCAUACAUCGGACAGGAAGAGGACGAGGAUUACAACAGACUUUCCAGCACAACCUACGGCGGGACUGAUGCUAACGGAUACUCCGAAUUUAGCAUGAGCAGGAAUGCGUCAAGUACGAGUCUGAGGUCACGCUCCGCCACGGGAGGCAGUGGAGGCAGUGGCCCCCAGAUGUCAGCCAACCGUAUGCGAGUACCUACCGGCGAAAUAGGGGCACUUUCGUUGAACACUCGAGGACUUCCCACAGCGUCUCCGCAAGACUUCAACGGCGGCUCAUAUUUCUCUCCCAUCGACCGAGAUACGCCGCCAGGGUCAUCAAUCUCUGCCCGGUCGAGUUCGCAAUCUGCAUUUGCGGGAUACCACCGAGGGACCACCCCAGUGAGCAUCGGCGCGCACCCUCCAGAGUCACAUCGGAAUACCGCUCCCGCCAUGGCUCGAAACCCUAGCGGGCAAACCAGCGGAAAUCCGUACCUAGCGAACGGCCGCAGUCGAGGACAGUCAUCUGGUCCGGGUAUGCAAGUACCUCGUAUGCGAUCCGCCAGCAGCCCCGAUGUGCACCCGAUGGUUCAACAGAGUCGCAAGUAUACUUCCACCGAACACGUCCCUACCGUGCCACCUAUCCCGGCUCAUAUGGCCAAACAGAUGGCUCCUCCGAAUAGAAGUCUCAACAAUUCGCCUAACAACGCACCUCCGUCACGAGGAGGUACUCCACAUCAACAGUUUGGGUUGCCCUCGGCGCCGCGGCCUCCCAUGCCAGGUCACGGUUAUAGUUUUGAUCCCGCGUAUAGCAAUGACCCCAGGCGACCCGGGCAUGCACCGUCACUCUCACAGAGCCGGGCUUUUUCGCCACCCGUGUCGUCCCCUUCCAGCGAUGGUGACCCAUAUAUUCCCAGUCAACUGAAAGCCAAGGUUUGCUUUGACGAGAACUAUGUCUCCAUGAUCAUCGCCAGCAAUAUCCAGUUCAGAUCAUUGGCUGAUCGUAUCGACGCAAAGCUGGCACGGUUCACCAAUCAUUCCAUCGCUUCCGGGUCUGUUCGAUUGCGCUACCGUGACGAGGAUGGUGAUUUCAUUCUUAUCGAUAGUGACGAGGCAGUACAUGAAGCCUUGCUAGACUGGCGCGAGACGCAUGCCGCGAAUUCGGCAAAUCCGCAAAACGCAGAGCUAUUAUUGUUUGCGCAUGCUGCUCAUGGCGAGUCCAUAGUAAAUGGUUGA